AUGUCUUGGCAAGCAUACGUCGAUUCGAGUCUCGUCGGCACCGGCCACGUUGACAAAGCCGCCAUCUUCAACGCCGAAGGCAACUCCGUAUGGGCGUCGUCGCCGAACUUCAAUGUGAGCCCGCAAGAAAUGCAAGAGGUCGUUGGCGCGUACAAGGAUACCUCAGUGCCCAAGAAGGUGCAGUCUACGGGAUUACACAUUGCGGGCCAAAAGUACAUUGUCAUCAAAGCGGACGAAACAAGUCUGUACGGGAAGAAGGGUCGAGAAGGCGUCGUCAUCGUCAAGACGAAACAGGCUCUGCUUAUCACACAUUACCCGGAGACAGUACAGCCUGGCACGGCGGCCAACACAGUCGAGAAACUUGGCGCCUAUCUUGUAGGCGUGGGGUAUUAA